AUGAGCGCUUUCCGAUACUUCUCUGUCAUUGAUACGGAACAUUGGACAUUCGUGAUAUGUCAACUUUUCACGCUACUAUCAGGCUGUGUCAUGCAGAAAUGCAUACCACCAUGUACAGAAAAUUCCAAGCGCCGUCACCUUUUUGAGUUUGUCAGCGGAUUUUUGAUGAUGUAUCUUGUUUAUGGACCUCUAGUUGUUCAUAUGCUUGCUCAAGCCAUACCGGCAUACUUGAUGAUGGUUUUUCUUCCAUCAUCUGUUGCUCAGUAUGGCAUUUUAGUUUUCUCAAUGGCAUAUUUAUCUUCAGUACAUAUUCACAGGUGUAUGUAUAACCCUCGACUUGAUAUCUCUGCGGCUCUGAUGGUGCAAACUCAAAAGCUGUCUUCUUUGGCUUUUAACAUCAAUGAUGGAGUAAAGUUGUCAAAGAAAGGAGUAGCUGACCAAGAAUACCACAAGCUUCAUGCCGUCGAACGUCGACCUCGUCUUCUCCAGUUCGGUGGAUAUCUAUUCUCAUUUCAUAAUGUAAUGAUUGGCCCCUUCAGCUUUUUUGCUGAUUAUAUGAGAUUUAUUCAGGGUCAAGAAUCAGAUCAGCUUCUCGAUGAAACUGAUAAAAAGCGAUUCGAGGAUAACAAGGAGGCGAUACGUUCCGCUAAAGCAGAGAAAUGGAAACAGGUGAAACUUCUACUACUUCAUUCUAUAUUAGUCUUAUGGUCCUUUCAUAGUUUUAAACCCGAGGAAUUUCUGUCUGAAAGUUUUGCAAAAAAGAAUUACUUUCAAAAAUUCAUCUACCUGUCAAUCGCGUGUUUUGGUUUUCGUCAAAAGUUCUAUUUUGCUUGGACUCUUAGUUGUCUAUCAAAUUUAGUCGCAGGUUUUGGAUUUUCUGGAUUUAAUAGUGAAGGCGAACCGGAAUAUCGUCUGGCUACUAAUAUUUACUUUUUGCCUAUUGAGCUUGGUACAAGUACAAAAACAAUCAUAGAUUCUUGGAAUACAGCAACAACACGUUGGUUACGUGAAUGUAUAUAUGAUCGUGUACCAAAACGUUAUGCUGUUUGGGCAGUUUUCGUUGCAUCAGCCAUGUGGCAUGGUUUCUAUCCAGGUUAUUAUCUAGUUUUUGUAUCUGCAGCUCUAAUCACAGUGACAGGAAGAGUUUGUCGAAAACAUCUCCGGCCGUAUUUUCUUCAUUCGUCCGGAUUACAUUGUUUCUAUAAUGUACUAACUAAUUUAGGCGCUAUGUUAUGUUUAAAUUAUUUGGGUAUACCGUUUCUUCUAUUGACUACUGAUAAAGUUUUGCAUUUUUGGAGACAAAUGCACUUUAUUGGGCAUAUUGGACCAUUGGCUUUAAUUAUUGGCGUUCCUUUAUUAUGUGGUAAACCAGGAGAAAUAUAG